CAAGCUGGUUUCUUUCCCCAUCGGCAUCUACAAGGUCUUGCGGAAUGUCACCGACCAGAUCCACCUCAUCACGCUGGCCAACAACGAGCUCAAGUCCCUCACCAGCAAGUUCAUGACCACGUUCUGUCAGCUUCAAGCCCUCGUAGCACCCGGUAUUUGAGAAGGCUAAGAAAACUGAGACCUAGGUUCGCUUGCUCGGACCCAGCCCCGGACUGGGGCGCAGCUUCACCAUGGAGGAGGCAGACCGAAUCCUCAUCCACGCCCUGCGCCAGGCCGGCGCGGCAGUUCCUCCGGAAGUGCAGACCCUGCGAGCCUUCACCCCUGAGCUGGCUGUAGAAGCCGUUGUCUGCUGCCUGCGUGUGAUCAGUCCUGCGGUGGGCUCCCGCCUCAGCCCCCUGCUGCCUCUCGCCAUGUCUGCCCGUUUCCACCUGGCCGUGAGCCUGGCUCAGGCCUGCAUGGACCUGGGCUAUCCUUCGGAUCUUGGCUAUCAGAACUUCCUCUAUCCCAGUGAGCCCGACCUCCGGGACCUGCUUCUCUUCUUGGCUGAGCGUCUACCUGCCGACGCCUCCGAGGACGCAGACCAGCCUGCGGGUGACCCAGCGAUCCUCCUCCGGGCCAUCGGGAGCCAAAUUCGGGACCAGCUGUCCCUGCCCUGGGUCCCACCCCUUCUUCGCACCCCUAAGCUGCAGCAUCUCCAGGGCUCGGCCCCCCGGAGUCCUUUCCAUGCCCAUAAGCUGGUCGUGCCUGAAUUGAGUUCCACAGGAGAGCCCCGGGAGUUCCAGGCAAGUUCCUUGCUACUGCCAGCCCCCACGCAGGUGCCUCGGCCUGCCGGGAGAGUGGCCUCACUCCUCGAAUGCCAUGCCAUCCAGCUCUGCCAGCACACAGCCCGGGACCACCCUGAGGACAAGGACUGGGUCCAUCGGGCAUCCUGCCUCCCCACGCAGGAAGAGAGGCGGGCUCAGCUGCAGCGGCUGCAGAAGCACCUGGCUGAGCAUCUGCGUCAGGCCUGGGGCCAGCUGGGGCCGCCCUCACAAACCCAAGACUUGGGAGAGCUGCUGCAGGCCUGGGGUGCUAGGACCACGACUGGUGCGCCCAAGGGCUCCCACUUCACACAUUCAGAGAAGUUCACCUUCCAUCGGGAGCCUGAGGCCCAGCUGGCCCAGUCAGAUGUGCCAGCCACCUCCCGGUGGCCUGAACCAGACACGUGGGCAGCUCAGGAGCAGGAGCUGGAGGCUCUUCGGGGGCUGCUGAAUGGAAUGAACCAUAACAUUGAAGAGGUUGAAGCCAACAUGAAUACGCUGGGAAUCGGCCUGGUGCAGAUGGAGACCUGGUGUCGGCAGACGGAGCUCAGCACAGCCGAGAGGGAGCAGGUCCUGCACCUGAAGCGCCGGGCAGUGCAGCUGCUGCCAGACGGGGCUGCCAACCUUGCCAAGCUACAGCUCGUGGUACAGAGUAGUGCCCAGCGGGUCGUCCACUUGGCGGGCCAGUGGGAAAAGCACCGGGCCCCGCUCCUUGCUGAGUACCGCCACCUCCGAGAGCUCCAGGUUUGCAGAGAGCUGGAAUCCUCUCGACGGCUGGCAGAGAUUCAGGAGCUGCACCGGAGUGUUGGGGCCGCUGCUGAGGAGGCCCGCAAGAAGGAGGAGAUCUAUAAGCAGCUGGUGUCCAAGCUGGAGACCCUGCCCAGAGAUGUGUCCCGGCUGGCCUAUACCCAGCGCAUCCUGGAGAUUGUGGGUAACAUCCAGAAGCAGAAGGAAGACAUCACUAAGGUCUUGUCUGACACAAAGCAGCUUCAGAAGGAAGUCCACUCCCUGUCUGGAAAGCUGGACCGGACAUUUAUGGUGACUGAUGAGCUUGUGUUCAAGGAUGCCAAGAAGGACGAUGCUGUGCGGAAGGCCUACAAGUACCUCGCUGCCUCGCAUGAGAACUGCAGCCAGCUUCUCCAGACCAUUGAGGACGUGGGCACCCUCCUGCGGGAGGUCCGAGACCUGGAGGAGCUGAUCGAGACUGAGAUGGGCAAGAAGACCCUUAGCAACCUGGAGAAGAUCCAAGAGGACUACCGGGCCCUUCGCCAGGAGAACGCAGGCCUCCAGGGGCAGCUCCAUGAGACCUGAGGGGCCCCUGCAGAGGUCUCCCCCACCCCCGGCAUCAAUAGGGCUUUGAAGUGUUGGAGGCGAUGGCCAAGCACUUGCCCUAGCUGUUCCCCUGGGCUUGCUGUCCAGUCCCUCCUGCUGGGGUGACUCCUGUCCACCUGACCCCAAUCCUUACCUAGGGUGAACAGCCAGAGACUGGGAGCUUGGCUGAAGUUUACUGGGGGUUGGGGCCUUGGAUCCCAAAUAAAUGAGGGACUCUGUCAAAAAGAAA